AGUUUAGAUUUUUCUUGUAAUCCUAGGAACACUUGGCACAGUACUUUUCUUCGCAGACACACCAAGGUUGAAAUCUGACCUGCAGCUGGAGAUUGCAGAAUUAAACUCAAGAAUAACCAGGAAAAAAGCGGCCAACUGAAAGAUCUUCAUCUCAAUUCUUAAAUCUAUAAAUGUACAAUAUAAUUUUCAGAUGAAAAUUAAAAAUGUCUACUCUAAGUUUCAGUGAUUUAAGUAAAGAAGACGAGUGUUGGGUAGAUGAACUGAUUGGGGAACUCGUGGACCAAGAAGUACUCCAGGAAUUCUCAUGUCUCAGGCGAUUAUUAACGGACCUACGGUUCAAGGGCUCAAGUGACCAAGGUUGUAUUCUCUUGUACUUCCUGACAACCCUCCACACUGUACUAGGAUACACGGAAUCUCAAGAUGCCAUCACCUAUUAUCAAAUCUUGGCAGAGAAAUAUCAAUCUGCUUUCAACACUCCAGCAACCUCAAACUCUGAAAAGUUUACUGAUCUGAUGAAAGCCUGUAUGAAAGGAAAUGAGGAUGAAUAUGAGAGUUGUAAGACAGAAUAUAUUCAACAGUUGAUAUCAGAAGAUAAAUUCAAUGAUGCGAACAUUUUUAUUGUUCAAUAUCGUCUCUACAAGCAAGGAAUUGAAUGUUAUGAAACACGACUGGAAGGUUUAUCUCCCUGUAAAUCUGAGAUAGAAACAUCGACAAAUAUUUUCAAAUUUAGGAACAGUCUGUUUAUAAAGUUUCUUGAAUACCUUGACUCCGGGGUGAAUACUGAGACCAUAGAGGACAUAUUGACCCAGAUCAGAAAGGUUGACUGCUCUCCGAAAGGAGUUGUGGUUGUGGAUGCAAGUUGUAAAAGAAGAUACGAGAACGGAGUCAUCUAUGUCAAUGAUCUAAAGGCUGGACUUCAAAUAAGCCAGAAUGGAGGUAGAUUGCUAAUCAAGAAUGGAGACUAUACUGCAGAUGCCUGGCAUGAUGUUAAACUCCUGAAAGAUGGAGCCACGCUUGAGAUUAUUGGAGAGAGCUCCAGUGAUUGCUGUUUGAGUGGUUCUAUAAAGAUCCUGGCAUGUCCUGGAGGCAAGAUAUCUAUCAGGAAUGUUAAAUUGGAGAUAGGAGAUUCAGCUGAGAGUAAUGAUGCAAUGAAUAUACUGGGGGGAUGGGUAAACUUUGAUACCUGUGUUUUGGAAUGUUUUGUAAAUACAGCAAUCUAUAUUCACAGCAGACCAGAUGGUGUAUUAACUGCUGUCAAUAUGAAGAACUGUUUUAUUGAAGGUCUUCAGUCCUGUCAGAGAAUAUUUUCUAUAGAACAAGGUGUGAAUACAUCCUUGACUCUGAACUCUUGUUAUAUUAAUGAAACCUACAGUGUACUGUCUUGGUUCAAUGAUAAGAAAGCUGAAAAUGUUCAUGUUUCUAUUUCUAAUUGCUUCAUCAACGAUAUCCAGGAUGUUCUUCGAGUUGUGUUGAACGAGGUUUCUAACGUUUCCGUUCAUCUUGAAAAAACUAGUUUCAAUUUAGUUUUGUACUCUGAGGAAGAAAACUCUACCGCCAUUACUCUACCAAAUCAAGUGGAUUUACAGUUUUCCAGGAACAUGACAGUUUUAAACCACACUCAAGGUGUGGGAGUCUGUAUAACAGUCCCUUUAAGGUGUGGGAGUCUGUAUAACAGUCCCUUUAAGGUGUGGGAGUCUGUAUAA